AGCAAGUAGCGGCUAUCAGAAGUCCUUUGGCGUCAAACUCGCACUUUCUUCCUUGCUACACCAGCCAUUCUUCAGAAAGAGCCUGAAGUAAGAGUUUUGUUAAGCUUCUAGAACAGACAGCAGGUUUUGACUGCAGAUUUUCAUUAUAUCCAGCAAGAUGGAUUUAGAAGAAUAUAGAAUUCAUGGGAAGGCGAUGGUGGAUUACAUCGCUGACUAUUUGAGCAACAUCAGAAAAAGACGUGUCUUCCCGGAUGUCAAACCUGGAUACAUGCGUCCUCUGUUGCCAGAUUCAGCCCCGGAAGAAGGAGAGAAUUUCGAUACCAUCUUAGAAGAUGUAGAGAAGAUAAUAAUGCCGGGUAUAACCCACUGGCAAAGUCCUCAGAUGCAUGCUUACUUCCCUGCUCUGAAUAGUCCAGCAUCUCUCCUUGGCGACAUGCUAGCAGAUGGAAUGGGAUGCUUGGCCUUCACAUGGGCAUCCAGUCCUGCUUGUACCGAGCUGGAAAUCGUUGUCAUGGAUUGGCUAGCGAAAAUGAUUGACUUGCCUCCAGUUUUCCUUCAUUCGUCAAACGGGAAAGGAGGAGGAGUCAUUCAGACCACGGCAAGUGAAUCUACGCUGAUUGGACUGCUAGCUGCCAGAACUCAAAUGUUUCAGCACUACUGUGAAAAAGACGACGAAAUAAAUGAAGCAGAUCUGAAUACGCGGCUUGUUGGUUAUACCUCAGAUCAGGCCCAUUCCUCCGUGGAGAAAGCCGGUCUCAUUGGCUUAGUCAAAAUGCGCUAUUUGGAAAGCGAUUCUGAUUGGAGCUUGAGGGGCGAGACUCUGAUGGCAGCUAUUCGCCGGGACAGAGAGAAAGGUCUCAUACCUUUCUUCGUAUGUGCAACUCUAGGAACAACAGGUGCUUGUGCUUUUGAUAAUUUGGAAGAAAUAGGGAUUAUAUGCCAAAAUGAAGACUUGUGGCUCCACGUAGAUGCAGCUUAUGCAGGAACUGCUUUCAUCUGCCCGGAAUUCCGGCAUUGGUUGAAAGGCAUCGAAUAUGCGGAUUCUUUUGCUUUUAACCCUUCCAAGUGGUUGAUGGUUCACUUUGAUUGUACUGCGAUGUGGGUGAAAAAUAGUGAAAGACUGCAUCGGACAUUCAAUGUUGACCCAUUGUAUCUAAAACAUGAGAAUACAGGUCUGGCUGUGGAUUUUACGCACUGGCAGAUAUCUUUGAGUAAACGAUUUCGUGCUCUGAAAUUGUGGUUUGUCCUUAGAAAUUAUGGAAUAAAAGGUUUGCAGAAACAUAUACGACACGGAGUGGAAAUGGCCAAAGAAUUUGAAAAACUAGUUUGUGAUGAUGACCGUUUCGAAAUGCCAGCAAAGAGACAUCUGGGUCUUGUUGUUUUUAGAGUAAAAGGUGAAAAUGAGCUGACAGAAAACCUCCUUAAGAAGAUAAACUCCAGUGGCAAACUCCACUGUGUCCCCAGCUCCUUGAAAGGCAAAUACGUCAUAAGAUUCACGGUGACGUCACCUCAAACGACCAUCCGGGAUAUCCACCACGACUGGGCCAUCAUUCAAAUGAUAUGCAAUCAAAUACUCAACGAAUCUCCUUCAGGCAGACGUCCUAUAUCAAUGGCAGAAAUCAAGAAACGGAACCCAUCUUUUGGCACCAGCCUACUGCUCAGUAACAGCCCCAUGACGCCAAAAGUCAUGAACGCCAGCUACGUCGCCAUCUUUGAACCAGGAGAAGCCAUUGAUGAGUUCCUGGCCAGAAAUGGCACCAUGGACAUUGCUUGCAAGGAUUCCCCAGUGCUCCAGAGGAGGGUGAAAGGUCUGGUGAGGGGUCAGCGACAGUUCAGUUUGGAUUCCCAUAUCGAUCUGAUGGUAGCGGCAAACUCAAAGAGAUCUGCGAGGAAGAGUGUGACUUCGAUUGAGGAACAGAGUCUUGGAGAGGAUAGUGAAGAAAAAUCGUCACCUGAAGAAAUGCCUCGAUGUGAUAAGUGUGGUCAAGUGAUUUCUCUGUAGACAUUCCUUUCUCUUUGCUUCGCUUUGCUUCUGUCUCAAUAAAUACUGCUUCUGUGCUCUUUUCCUUCUGUUA